AUGACAAACAAAGUUGCUAUCUUGCUGGUGCUUGUGGGGCUGAUGAGCUUUGCAAGUGCCUCUUUGAUAAAUGUGCAAUCAUUAGCUCAGAUCGACGUAGAGAGUUAUGGAUGUGACAAAUCGAAGCUGUAUGAUGCCGAAGAAGGCCUCCAGAAACUCGGCGAGGCCCUUAAUUUCGCCCAGACAGGAAAAUUGGAUCAAGACAUAAAGGAAUUGAGAGAAUUACAAAUGUUGGCAAGGAAAGGAAUGGAAGAACAAGUGCAGGUUUCAUUUGUUUAAGUUCACAAUCUACAAUACCUUUAUAUGUUGAAGCAUAAAUUUGAUUCCUUGGCACUUAUCGAAAUGCCAAACUCAUUUGCUCGUCCCCAUAUUGACGGAAUGAAAUCUUAAAUUAACUUAGUAUUGGCAGCUACCGACACCCAAACCAGAAAAGCCUGCUGCGAAAUGUUGUUCAAAAUGAUUGAAGUUCUACUUCUAGACCUACUCGAAUUGGAAGAAGAAUGCUAGAAGCCCAUCACAAUCAACAUCGAAGGAGAAAUCAGAAAAAUCCAAAUCAUCAGAGGACAUUGUGAUAAUACACCCACUCCAGAAUAACCACCAGUCAUCCCUGUUGAUCCCAUACCAAUCAAACCCAAGGAUCCAACUCCUACCAUUGUCAUCCCUCCUAAACCAAGGGAUCCAACUCCAACCAUUGUAAUCCCUCCAAAACCAAGGGAUCCUACGCCCAAACCAGGAGACCCAACUAAGCCUGAAGAUCCAACUAAACCAAGAGAUCCAACACCCAAACCAGGAGAUCCAACACCCAAACCAGGAGAUCCAACUAAACCAGGAGAUCCAACUAAACCAGGAGAUCCAACUAAACCAGGAGAUCCAUCUAAACCAGAAGACCCAACUAAGCCAGGAGAUCCAACUAAGCCAGGAGAUCCUACUAAGCCAGGAGAUCCUACUAAGCCAGGAGAUCCAACUAAACCAGGAGAUCCUACUAAACCAGGAGAUCCAACUAAACCAGAAGAUCCAACUAAACCUAAGGAUCCAACUCCUAAGCCAAGAGACCCAACAGCUAAACCACCCCCUAAACCAAAAACACCAAGUCCAACUCCUUAAGUCGUUAUCGAUUGUGUCAAGGGGGCUAAUGUCGUAGGUGACAUGAGUGCAAGCUCAGAUUAAGCCAUUGCUGAUUCAGUAAUUGAAGGUAAAGACAUUGCUGGAGCCACUGAUUAUGGUUAUGGUUUCUGGAUAAGAUGGUUGAGUAGAUAUCCAGAUGAAUUGGUCUCAGGAAGAACAAAAAACACCUAUUACUUCGUAUCCAGAUUGACAACCAAUCAAAAGUUCAAUGAUGCAGAAAUGGGAGAUAGAGUUCUGGCCAUCUGGCAUUAUGAUACUGGUUUCCAUUUCACUACAUUAGACAAAGCAUCUCGUAAUCCAAACGUAAAUCAAAACAUCCCAACAGGAGACAUUGAAGGAUUGUGGAGCUACGUCUACUAUUCAUAUAGUGGAAGAUUAAAGAGGGCUGUUGGUUUAUUGAAAUUUGGAGCCAGUGGAAAAGUACAAUAACUCUCCUUAGAUGUUACUCACGAUAUCCCAACAUAUUUGAGAUUAGUUAUAGGAGGUAGAUAGUUUAGUUAUCCUGGAUUCAAUGGGUAAUUCACUAAUCCAGUCUUCAAGAUUGGAGAUGGAGCUUAUGUUAAUUCUGAAUUGGAAUUAUUCGAUUACAAUCUUAAAUGCAAUCCUUAUCCAAAAUUAGAUUGUACUGAAAGAGCUAAACAAACCUUAAUCCACAAGGCUGUUAGAUACAAUGUUAAGACUACAAAAGUACAAACAGUUAAAACUAGUCUUGAAACACCAUUCCCUGAAGAAUACUCAGUUAGUGGUUGGUUUAAAUGGAAGUAAGUAGAGAAUUAGGAGCCAUGGCAUUUGAUGUUCAGAGUCUUUGCCACAAAAGAGAAUAACAAUGCCAAGAACUUAGGAGACAGAGAUUUGGCAGCUUGGAUUGGUACCGCAAAUGAUGGUAUUGUGUUGUUGUCCACUUAUUCAUAUAAUAACUUAUUCGGAGAAGGUAACCCAAACAUUAUGAAUCAAAUCCAACACAAGAAUAGAAUUUAAGAAUGGACAUUUGUGUACUUUGGAUAUUCAUUUAAAUAAAAGACUGCUCAUUCCAUCGUUCACUUCAAGGAGGCUAGAGAAGAGAGAACAUUUGAGAAUGUCAACCAUUUCUUAGUUUAAAGACUCUCAAUCAAUUUGGCAAAGGAUGACCACUAUCCUUCUUGGAACGGUAUCAUUGGCAAAUUCAGAAUUGAUUUGUGUAAUGGUGCUUAUGAUCCUAAAUUCCCAAGAACUGCAACACCAGUUCCAAGUCCAUCACCAUUAGGUCCAACUCCACCACCUUCAAAGACUGUUGAACCACCCCCCAAGACUCCAACCAUCAAACCACCUCCUAAACCAGUCAAACCACCCACACCAGAAGUUGUAGUGUCACCACCUCCUCCCAUCAUCAAAACACCAGAAGUUAUGCAAAAAUGUAUUGAAGGACAAGCUGCGAUCGGAGAUUCCUCUUCAGCACCAGAUGUUAAGCCAGUUGCUGACAUCUAAGUACCAGAAGAAGCCUUGAAGGAUGUAACAGAAUACGGUUAUGGAUUCUGGAGCAGAUGGUUGACCAGACAUCCAGAAUAAUUGUUUGAAGGAAUGAGUGAACCAUGGUAUUUCGUAUCAAGAUUGACAUCAAAUGAUCCAUAUGACAAUAUUAGAAUGGGAGACAGAUUGUUGGCAAUCUUCUUGAGUAAAGAUGGAUACACAUUCAUCACAAAUGAUAAAGGAACAUCUAAUCCAAAUCUCUAUAAGUAAUAACCAUACAAAGAUAUUGAAGGCGUUUGGACAUACAUUCAUUUCAGUUUCAGUCCAUUGAAAAAGAAGGCUGUUGCUUUUGUUCAUGCCAACAAAUAAACCUCAUAAAUUGAAUUGGCUGGAGUCACACAUGAAGCUCCAAAGAAAUUAAGAUUCAUCUUGGGAGGUAACGAUCUCAAACUCUAUCCUGGAUUCAAUGGUUAAUUCACAAGACCAGUAUUGAAGAUCGGUCCAGGUUCAUUCAUUGGUUCUCCUGAAGAUGUUCAAAAGUAUGCCUUAUCAUGCAACCCAUUGCCAGAACCAGAUUGCAAGAAGGGAAGAGGAGUCAGCAAUUUGAUUGAAUCAACAAAAGAAUUCAACAAGGGAAGCGAAGUCACCUUGUUUGUUGCUGAUAAUGAAAGACCAUUCCCAGAUAAUUAUGCCGUUGGAGGUUGGUUCUUGUGGACACCAACAGAAUAGGAAGACUGGCAUUUAGCUUUCAGAGUUACAAUUAAUGGAUAAAAACACAAUAAGAAUGAUCAAUUAUUGGGAGACAGAGAUCUCACAACCUUUUUUGAGCAAGUCAGGUAGUUAUCACUUUGCUACCUAUACCUACACUGA